AGUAAAAUGUUCUUAUUACUACAUUUCACGAUUUAGAUUGUACUUUGGUCGUCCGCUGGUUAUAGAGUUAUGACGUCACAUUUUAUUGAAUAGUGCUCUCUAUAGGAUACAAAGUUACGUACAGUUUCUUUACAUAUUAACUAUUCAGCGAUUGUUUGAAGCUUAUACAAAUUUGUUUACUAUAAUAUGACAUAAUUAUAUUUCCCAAGGGGUUCCUAUACUGCGGCAUUGGAAGAAAAAGUGUUAGGCGAACUUCAAGCGGUCUUUCUGAGUGGACUAGAGAUUAUGGGCAAUGAUUUGUGUGAUGUGCCCGCUUCACUUCUUGCAACACAUACUGCUAGAGAUUACUGUGUCGGACAUAUGCUUGCUGUGGAGAAACACGGUGACCUGCCGCGCGUGUCGUGCGACGUGCGCGUGCGCGUCGUGGCGCACGCGGCGAUGUCGCGACGCGACGACUACGAGCUCGCGCGCUUAGUGUUGGAGUUUCUGUUCCAGGGUGCAUGCAGACUGGCCGCCCAGAACUGUUUCCUGGGUGUGUUGUCAGCUCAUCCGUAUCUGCACGCACUCGCACUACAUCUCGUCGCGGAAAUCAACCCAGUUGAGAAAUUGGACACCGCGUCUGUAGAGUGCUUAUCGAUUGGCACCUGGCGACCGCAAUGUGGAGAAGUACGCAUCGUAUUGGACGCGUGGGGGCAGAAAUGUCCGCAUCUGUUGCCAUCACUUCUAACCAUGUUAGAUUGUACACCUCAUCUUCAGCUGGCUAUCGGGUCGUGGUUAUGCGAGUACGUGGGUGCUCGGGGAGGGGAAGUGGAAGAGUGGUGUUGGAGAGUGAUGCGUCGCCUGCGCAUCCAUCGCGUGUACUGGCGGCAGGGGUGGGACGCACCGCCCCCCUCUCCCCACCCCACGCAUUUGUUCGCGCAUGCUCACGCGCUAGCUGCUAGCUCCUGGGGACAUUGUGUACCGAUGAUCUGCUCUGAUGGUGUGGAGUCUUUAUAUAAGUUGGCGACAACGCGUGCGCAGGAUGCUCUGCACUAUCUCUUUCCGAUCAUGCUGGUGCUCGCACAAUCGCCCGAGUCUGUAUCAACAACGCCCAGGUUCAGGGAUUUAUUUACGUUAUUAAUAAACGCGGGCCCUGGACUCUUCCAACGAGCACUGGGACGAGGCGGAGCUCCCGGUGCUGACUCGUUGCUGCGUCUAAUGCUGGAACAACUGAAGCACGAAAAGUGA